CCGGCCCGGCCCUUCCCGGGUGUGGGCGGUGGCGGCAGCCAUUGGCCAGGGCCGGUUCCGACAUGGCGGCGAGCGCGGUGUCCAACCCGUCCCAACUCCUGCCGCUCGAACUUGUGGACAAGUGCAUUGGUUCACGCAUUCACAUAGUGAUGAAGAGCGACAAAGAAAUUGUUGGGACACUUCUAGGAUUUGAUGACUUUGUCAAUAUGGUGCUGGAAGAUGUUACAGAAUUUGAGAUCACACCUGAGGGCAGAAGAAUCACAAAGCUGGACCAGAUUCUGCUAAAUGGAAAUAACAUAACUAUGCGCUUCGUCCGGUCAAUGGCAGCCAACUCAGCUUUCAACAGCAGCAUGCUCCGGCUCUGAUUGAUUACCACCACUGGAGCUGACACUGGCAUCAAAACUUUUUGAAGAAAUAUAUCGCUCAGACUGGAGACCUUGCAUCUGCCCUGCAGUAUUCUGUGCCUCUGCUUUGCCAUCUGUUUCGCUUGUGGUGCUUUGUAUCUCUUCUUGAUUUGGUAGCAGACUCCCAGAGACAGUGGGAGUGGACUGAUGGUUACUGUACUCUGCUACAGCUACAGUGGAAGGUGACUCACGAGCUGGAGGAGAAUUUUGCACCAGAAACUCCUCUUCCUUCUCUCCAUCAGUUUUAUUCUAGGUGAAAGAAUAGAUGAAAAACCCUUCUUAUUUGAGCAAUCACAAUAGUGUACUCUUAAAAUUACGCAGCGUUCACAGUUAAACACUUGCUGUGCAGAGGGAAGCUCUCCUCUUCAUUUAAAAGACUACAAGUACCUUCCUACGGUCCAUGCUGAGACUUUGCACUGAGGAGAGGGUCUUGGCCAGGACCCAAGCUGGAGUGGGAGCAAGCCCAGGCGGUGCUGCAGGAGCAGCAGGGCGAGGGGUGCAGUGCGAGACCGUUGGGCAGUUGAGCAGUUUGCGGCCGUUGGGCAGUUGGGCUGCUCCUGGCACAAGGCUUCCAGAGGUUCCACCAUGCUCCAAGCAAGACCACAGAAGGAAAUUCUUCCUCGUGGCCCACCGCCUGAGGAACCUAGCCUAUGUCUAAAUAUCAGUUUAAAAAAAAAUACCAGAAUUUGGAAGGAAAUACUCUGAAAUAAAAUAAUACGGAUACACAGGAGUCCUGUUUGCUCUCCAGACUCAACAGUGCACUCCAUCAAAUUGCACUCCAUCAAGUUGGCUCCCAACAUGGAUGAAACAGAUUCCUCUCAUUUGUUUUCUAUGAAGUCAUACAUACAUUUGAUUUAAAAAAAAAAAGUGAAAACCCCAAAGUCUUUAUGGGAAAAGUUCUCAUUUUAAAAGGCUGGGAGGUCAGUUUUCCUUUCAUAUAUUCAUAUGCCAGUCAAAAGGAAGCAGAAUGUGCCAUGCUUAAGAAUGUAUCAAGCCAAAGCUGGGGAUAACAAGAGCAAAAAAGGGAGUGAAAUUACCUUUAUUUUAUUUUGUUCUAAUUUUUGGUACUUUCCUUCCGUCUGCCUUUAUCCAUUCAUCAUAUCUAAAUACAAAAGGUGAUUGUACAUGUUUAUGGGUUUUAGCAGCAAAUUACGACAUUUGUAAGAGAAGUUGAUAAGGGAAAAAAAAAGAAAAUCAGGAGCCGUAUAAAAUGUAAUUGGGGUUUGAAUAAAGAAGUAAUUUGUUUACUUGUCAAUUUGCUAA